AUGCCUUUCCACUGCUGUAUAUGUUGGUCCGACUCUUUUCUCUUUUCCCUUGUAGUAUUCUUACUUCUUUCCUUCAACGCUCUCAAUAACGAAGCAGUGAAGAAGCGUGAAGGAUGGCCAACUGUUCAAAGGCUGUCCAGAGCCCGACACGCCAAUACACCGAGGCCCUUCCAAACUCAAUCGGUACCCGUCGCGCUUUGUAGCUAUCGCACGUAACGCUCUCGACUCCCCACAGCCGGCUGUUCCGUCCCCCAGUCGAACUCCCCUAG